UACGCGUAUGUUAUCAAAUCAGUGUAAACUUUGGUCCAGUCGUGAAAAAAAAACAAAAAAAAACGAAAUUGACGUGUUUUGCCACGGGAGUAGUUGACUUAAGAGACAUUUUAUCAUUAGCCCGACGGACAUUGCAUCCCAACGGGUUGAACUUUGACACACUGUGCAAGUUUUGUACGUUUUAAUUUGGUAUUUGAGGGAGUGCACGCGUCAAAAUGACCUCCAAGAAAGUGGUCGAAUUGUUCUUCGAUGUGGUGUCUCCGUACUCCUGGCUCGCAUUUGAGGUCAUGUGCCGCUACAAAAACGUAUGGAACAUUGACCUCAAGCUGAGACCUGCAUUUCUGGGUGGUGUCAUGCAAGGUUCUGGCAACAAGCCCCCUGGAUUAGUUCCAAAUAAAUUUCUGUUUAUGGGAAAGGACCUGGACCGCCUGGCAGAAUAUUUCAACGUCCCUCUGCAUCCUCCUUCAGACCCUGCAGAAGCCAUGUUCAGGAAAGGCUCCUUGAAUGCAAUGCGCUUUGUGAAAGCAGUGCAGGAGAAAGACCCAGGUGGAGACCAACAGGUGGAGAAGGUCUCCAGAGAACUUUGGCGAAGAAUCUGGAGUGAAGACAAAGACAUUACUGAGCCUGCAUCACUGGCUGAGGCAGCACAGAAAGCUGGCUUGAAAGGGAGUGAGAUUGAAGAGCUGCAGAAAAUGUGCACCACGCAGGAAAUCAAAGACAAACUGAAGAAAAGCACACAGGACGCACUGGAUUACGGGGCAUUUGGCUUUCCCUUGAUUAUUUGUCACAUCAACGGAAAACCUGAAAUGUUCUUUGGCUCGGACAGAUUUGAGCUCAUGGCCCACUGUCUUGGUGAAAAAUGGCUUGGACCCCAGCCUGCUCAUCCUGAAAAGUCGUCUUCCAAACUGUGAGACGGAAUCUGCCUUCAAACACUAACCUAAUGAAUUGUCAUGGAUUACUGCCAUUGAGGGCGGUUGACAUCCAAUCCGUUUGGAAUAGC